CAAAUUUCUUGAGAAUGACAGAUUUAAUCGAGUUUUUCAUAAUUAAUCGAGUUGGACAGGUUUUCUUCGAGUUUGACCGACUCUAGUUUAUUUGCCUGAUAUUCAGAAAACAUCUAUCGUAUACUUGAUUCUGAUUAUUCGGCCGAUUAUAUGUUAUGUGUUAUAUAUAAUACUUUAUAUAUUGUUAUUAUCAAACAAAAAAAAAUUAUAUAUGGUAAGAAGAAUCGGCAUGUGGGAAGCACGUGACACCUAAUCACCUGAUCUGAUCUUUCCAACGACACAAAACCAAACAAACACUAGCCAUUCAGACACCUUCACAUCACACUUCAAUUUCUUACACCUCCCCUUUGAUUUGUUGCGAAUUAAUGGCCGGCGUUCUCGAAACCCUCACCGUUCCUCGUGCCUCCGGAUUUCCGGCAGCUUCUCUAACUCCGAUCGCCUCUUCUCCGGUCUGUCAACUCUCCCUCCGUCGGAACUUUGUCCCGGAAUCAAGAGGCUUGAAGUUAAACAUCCGUUCCUUUCGCUCUUCUGGAUCCCUGAGAUUGAGGUCGAAAUCCGGCCGUCGUGGUGGAGGAAUUGUCUGUGAAGCUCAGGAAACAGCCGUACAAGUACUCCCUGUGACUGAUAACACAUGGCAAUCACUUGUUCUUGAAUCCAAACUUCCUGUUUUGGUUGAAUUCUGGGCUCCAUGGUGUGGCCCUUGUCGAAUGAUCCACCCUGUGAUUGAUGAACUUGCAAAAGAAUACACAGGAAAACUCAGUUGCUACAAGGUAAACACAGAUGAGAGUCCUUCAGUUGCAACCAAAUAUGGAAUAAGAAGCAUCCCAACUGUGAUGAUCUUUAAAGAAGGAGAGAAGAAAGAUGCAGUUAUUGGUGCAGUUCCAAAAACAACUUUGUCUGCUUGCAUUGAGAAGUUCUUGUAG